AUGAACCCGACACAAGUGAGUGAGAGCACUAAGAGGUUGUGGCUGAGCGUCUGCGGAGGCGUGUCCCCUGUGGACCUACACGGACCCACACGGACCUACCUGCGUCACCUGUCAGAUGUAAAGAGGAGAAACAGUACAGUCUGUCCACACGGUGUCAUGGGGUCUCCCGUGACCAACUCCCCGGUCAGACCAGGAUACUACCGCAUGGAUAUUCAGAAAACCACAUGGGACGUCCUGCAGACGUACACGCAGCUGCACCCGGUGGGAUCCGGCGCGUACGGGACCGUUUGCUCUGCGAUUGACCAGAAGACUGCAGAGAAAGUGGCCAUAAAGAAGCUGUACCGGCCCUUCCAGUCCCUGAUCCACGCUAAACGGGCCUACAGAGAACUGCGGCUGCUGCGGCACAUACAACACGACAAUGUGAUCUCCUUGUUGAACGUCUUCACUCCGGCCUCGACCCUGGACACAUUCCAGACUUUUUACAUGGUGAUGCCGUUCGUGGCACAGGACCUGGGUCACAUCAUGAAGAAGAAGAGGCUGACCGACCGUAUCAUCACGUACCUUUUCUAUCAGCUCCUGAGAGGGCUCAAGUACAUCCACUCAGCAGGAAUCAUUCAUCGGGAUCUCAAACCGGAAAAUCUCGCCGUGAACGAGAAUUGUGAACUUAAGAUCCUGGACUUCGGCUUGGCGCGGCAUACGGAAACAGAGAUGACCGGUUAUGUGGUGACACGCUGGUACAGAGCGCCGGAGAUCAUUUUCAACUGGAUGCACUACACACAGACAGUGGACGUGUGGUCAGCUGCUUGUAUCCUGGCUGAGAUGAUCACAGGCCAUGUUCUCUUCCCUGGGAACGACAGUAUUGACCAGCUCAACAAGAUCAUGCGACUGACGGGAACUCCAGACAGCAGUAUGGUUCGGAAGAUGCAGAGCAAAGAUGCACAGUCGUACGUUCAAGGCUUGCCUCCACAGAAAAAAAAGACAUUUGGAGAGGUCUUCCCCAACAUGGAGAAACAUGCGGUGGAGCUGCUGGAGGGCAUGCUGCUGCUGGACCCAGAGAAGCGCCUGACCGCAGCUCAGGGCCUUUCUCAGCCUUUCGUCUGCGAGUAUCACGACCCAGACACGGAGCCCGACUCUGAGCCCUACGACGACUCCUUCGAGAGCCUGGAGCUGGCUGUGGGCGAGUGGAAGAGUCUUAUCCACAUGGAGAUCAUGACGUUUGAUCCUGAUGAUCCGAGAAGAACAGCCAUGUAG